AUGGCCGAUGCUAGGCCAUUGUGUGAUGAACUCAAAGAAGGGAGCUCAAUCGAUAACCCCAUUAUUAUCGAUGACAACAAAUGGGCUUCCCAGCAGUGCAUACCAAAGCAAGAUGAUUCUGAUGGGGACACUGAGCCAUUGACUACGCCAGAAUUCGAGGCGUAUUUGGACGGCAGACGGUUCCACCUUCCACGGGGCAACUCUGAAUGUCCAGCGACGGAAUCAACUCCUAUGAUGGCUCCAGACAAGCUUACACAUGACCAAGGCUUUAAUAUCCCUGAGUCUGACCUGGCUACUUGCACUCAUGUAAAAGAGGAAAGAUCUGAAGCCGGUAAAACUGCCGCAGGAGGUACGUUUGUUUGA